UGCUUAAAGAAACAUUAGCAUUAAAUCCAAGGUGGGUGCAGGAGAACUCCAGUGGAAUGUAAAGUUGACACUGUGGAGACUGUUAACUCACUCCCCCAAAUAAAUUACAACAGUCAAGACUAUAAGAGAUCCCUCAUUGUAACCUGAGGUUCUUCACUCCUGUUGAGGGAGCAACUAUCUAGGCUCUUGUUCUCUCCUGGAAGUCAAUCUGUUGAAACAUCCAGCAGCAGGUGUUUUUUUUUUUUCAUUUCCAGAUCAAGCCAUGAAAUGGGUGGAGUCAAGAGAAAUAUCCUUCUGUACUCAUUGUGCUGCUGCUAUGUGAUCCCACAAUAUCUUUGCACAGGACUUCAUUCUCAGACUGUGCAAUUUUCAUCUCAAGUUGGUAUUCAUAGGGAGCAGCAGACCAUGUGCCCUCAGAUCAACUUCGGGGAGGAUCAUUUCCCAGGAUUUUAUAUUAUGUCCCAGUUCCACAUUGCUGAGCUGGCAAGAAGGGGAACUGUUAAAAAGGUUACUGGAUCAUCUCCUCAGCACGUUGCUUAUCAAAUAGGCCCAGCAUUCAACUUCAGAAUCAGCACGAGUUUGAACUCCAGUCAAUGCUGAUUCACUGCGACGUGAUGCGAGCCCGGACCGAGGCUUGUUAUGACCUCCCGGCCAGGACAUCGACUGAUGUGACAGAGGUGCAG